CGACAGCGAGCGCGACGUUCCUGAGUAGCGGCCGGAAGCGGGCGGGCGAAGAGACAAGCAGGACGGAGGGAUGGAAGUGGUCUCCGCUGCCAUUUCUGCGUCUUCUGCCGCUCCCAGCACGACUGGAGGAGGAGGAAACACGGCUGCACCCUCUGAUGCUGUUCUUUCAGAAGUAGGAGUCAUCAUUGAGAAGCUCUUGGCCGUGCGAGGGACGCGUCAGUCGAGUAACAUGCAGCCCAUCCUCAUCGAAGUGGAAGCCCCCGUCAAGAUCUGCGGAGACCUCCACGGCCAGUAUUACGACCUGUUACGCCUGUUUGAAUACGGGGGCUACCCACCGGAGAGCAAUUAUCUUUUUCUUGGCGAUUACGUGGACCGAGGCAAGCAAUCGCUUGAGACGAUCUGCCUCCUCCUCGCGUACAAGAUCAUGUACCCCGAGAAUUUCUUCAUCCUCCGAGGGAACCAUGAAUGUGCCUCCGUGAACCGGAUCUACGGCUUCUACGACGAAUGCAAACGUCGGUACAACAUCAAACUCUGGAAGACCCUCCAUCUGUCCCCUCCUCCCUCCCUCCCCUCAGAUCCGGCGCCUUCCCCGCCCACCGACGUGCCUGACACUGGGUUGCUCUGCGACUUGCUCUGGGCCGACCCCGACAAGGAGAUCAACGGGUGGGGGGAGAACGAGAGGGGCGUCUCCUUCACUUUUGGAGAAGACAUUGUCAGGUCUUUUCUCAAGCGACACGACCUCGACCUGAUUUGUCGAGCCCACCAGGUGGUAGAAGACGGCUACGAAUUCUUUGCACAGCGGCAACUGGUGACGCUCUUUUCCGCGCCAAACUACUGUGGCGAGUUUGAUAACGCCGGCGCCAUGAUGAGUGUGGAUGCCACUCUCAUGUGUUCCUUCCAUAUUUUAAAGUCCUCCGAGGCUCAGCGGGGAAGAUGAAGGGGUCUGGAGGCCAGGCGGAAAAGAAAAGGGAGGGCGCAAAGAGAUCAGAGUGGAGAUGGUGGGAUUGGGAUUUGUAAUGAGGGAGAGGGAGAGGGUGGAGGGCGUGACGGGUAUGUAGAUCUUAUGCUCGGCAGUUGGACAGGUUUCACAUUUUGAAAGUUCAAACUUCCAGUUUCGGAGAAAGCUUGGCGGGGUAAGAGUGAGAUCCUCGUGGAAAGGAUAGGUCACGAAAGUUUUCCAGAGGACUGCGCGCACGCGGGGGGGAGGAUGGGUUGACGAUGGCGGUGAUGAAGGAGAAGGAAGCAUGUAGAAAGAGGCUCGACGGUUGGGUGUGGUUUAGUAGCCGGAGAAAAGAGGGCGCAACUGGUGAGAACUGGGGGGGCAGGGUGGCGUCGACGGCGAAUCCGAGGUCGGGGGAGGGAAAAGCGAGAGGAAGCCCCAAGGGUAGCGCGCUAAACGUCUGCCCGCACACAAAGAAGAAACAAGGUCCGGGAGGGAACA